AUUCCCACUGGUCUGUUGUACAGUGAGGCUGACAGAUGCCCAAUAUGUCUUAAUUGUCUAAUAGAAAAGGAAGUUGGUUUUCCAGAAAGCUGUAAUCAUGUCUUCUGUAUGACUUGUAUUCUUAAAUGGGCAGAGAGGAGCUAUCUAUAAGCAGCCUAUGUGAUUGAGGAUAGAGCAGCAGGAGGAAGCGAGAAAUUAGAAAUCGAGGAUCCUGAAUUCCCAAAUAAGGAAGGUUUCUUGUUCUUACAUUUAAAUGUGGGUUUGUCUGAGCUGAGAAUUUAUAAUGCUUCAGAAUAGUAGGGUGUGUUUUACUGAAAUCAUUAGGAAGAUUAUUUUUUUCUAUCAAAAUUGCCUCCUUAACUGAUACAACCUUAGUACAGAGCAUUCACAGUAAAACAUAUGCUCUGUUUAAUACACAUUACGCUGUAAAGCAGUGAGCAAAUUCCAUUAAUUUUGUAGCUGUAUCAUAAAGCCAGUGAUGUUAUUAGACUACUUGGUUAUGAAACUGAAUUAGAUACUUUAAAAAUUAUUGAAAUGAAAGUCAGUAAUUCAAACAAGUGAAUCAUUGAAGGAUAUUUUGUUGUAUAUAAGGAAUCAAAAUGGUAAAUAAUUGAAGGAUAUUUUUAUUGUAUUUAAGGAAACAAAAUUUGAGAUAAUUUUCUUCAAAAUUAAAAUAAAAAAUAGAGUAAGUAUUAGUUAAAAUUUCUCUACAUUUGUUUAAAAUGUGAACUUUUAAAACCUCACAACUUGGAAAUUUAAUUGUAAAUUUUACUCUGAAAACUAAAAACAUCUUUGAGACCUUUCUGGAUGGAUAUCUGCUGGAUAUAAGAGUGAGGCAUCCUUGGGAGCUCCUUAAAAUUAGGCCAGUCGGGGCCGGGUGUGGUGGCUCACGCUUGUAAUCCCAACACUUUGGGAGGCCGAUGUGGGCCAAUCGCUUUGAGCUCAGGAGUUCAAGACCAGCCUGGGCAACAUGGCAAAACCCGAUCUCUACAAAAAAUACAAAAAAUUAGCUGGGCAUGGUGGUGCAUGCCUGUAGUCCCAACUACUUGGGAAACUGAGGUGAGGCCAUCGCUUGAACCUAGGAGGUUGAGGUUGCAGUGAGCCGUGAUGCCGCUGCACUACAGCCUGGGCAAGAGGGUGAGACCCUGUUUAAAAAAAAAUUAUGAUGGCUGAGUCUGUGUCAAAGAAAAUUAACUUAUUUUUUGGUGUUAACUAAAUUAUCUUUAGGAAAUUACAUUUUAUAUAGAUUGUGAUCAUAUAUGGUAGUAGUUUUCCUAUUACUACUACUUUUUUUGUUUUGUUUUUCCUUUGUGUUUUUGUAAUACCAGUGGAACCUUUUCUUAAAAUGAAACUUUAGACAAAUCUAAGACAAUUAUGCUUAAGGAAAAAAAAGGAGGAAAAUCUUACUCAGAACUCUGUUUUUUGAAACAGAUCAAGUGGAAUGGCUCAGAGCAGGUGUGAUGGCUCCUCCUGUAAUCCCAACACUUUGGGAGGCUGAGGAAUUAUUUAUUCCCAUAAAAACCUUAGAGACACUGGCUUCAUGUCCUAUUGACCGUAAACCUUUUCAGGCUGUGUUUAAAUUCAGUGCAUUGGAAGGUUAUGUUAAGGUUCAAGUAAAAAAACAGCUGAGAGAAACAAAAGACAAGAAAAAUGAAAACUCAUUUGAGAAACAGGUCUCCUGUCAUGAAAAUUCUAAAAGCUGUAUAAGAAGAAAAGCCAUCGUAAGAGAAGAUCUAUUAAGUGCAAAAGUUUGUGACUUGAAGUUGAUACAUAGAAACUCUUUAUACAGUGAAACAGGAGGAAAGAACAAUGCAGCAAUAAAGAUAAAUAAGCCUCAGAGAUCAAAUUGGAGUACAAAUCAGUGCUUCAGAAAUUUUUUCUCCAAUAUGUUUUCUUCUGUUAGCCACUCUGGAGAAUCUUCCUUUACCUAUAGAGCUUAUUGUACAGAAUUUAUAGAAGCCAGUGAAAUCAGUGCACUGAUUAGGCAGAAGAGACAUGAACUGGAAUUGUCAUGGUUUCCUGAUACAUUACCUGGAAUCGGAAGAAUUGGUUUUAUACCCUGGAAUGUUGAAACAGAAGUCCUUCCUCUCAUUUCUUCUAUGUUGCCAAGAACUAUUUUUCCAACAAGUACCAUAUCUUUAGAACAUUUUGGUACUUCUUGCAAGGGAUAUGCAUUAGCACAUACUCAAGAAGGGGAAGAAAAGAAGCAAACUUCUGGUACAUCAAAUACCAGAGGAUCAAGACGAAAACCUGCAAUGACAACUCCUACAAGGAGGUCUACACGUAACACAAGAGCUGAAACAGCCAGUCAGUCUCAGAGAUCCCCAAUAUCAAACAGUUCUGGGUGUGAUGCCCCAGGUAACAGUAAUCCAUCUUUAAGUGUUCCCUCUUCAGCUGAGUCAGAAAAGCAAACAAGACAGGCUCCAAAACGGAAGUCUGUAAGAAGAGGAAGAAAACCACCUUUACUGAAAAAGAAACUUCGGAGCUCUGUAGCUGCCCCUGAAAAAUCAUCUUCCAAUGAUUCAGUAGAUGAAGAAACAGCAGAAUCUGACACAUCACCUGUGUUAGAAAAAGAGCACCAAUCAGAUGUAGACAGUAGUAACAUUUGUACUGUGCAGACUCAUGUAGAAAACCAGUCUGCUAAUUGCUUGAAAAGUUGCAGUGAGCAAAUAGAAGAAAGUGAGAAGCAUACUGCAAAUCAUGAUACAGAGAACAGAGUAGAAUCUUCAUCUUCUGAGUCUUGUGCUCAAGAUCCUCCUGUGCUAGUUGCUAAGGAAGGGGAAGUUAAAAAACUUGAGAAUACAGGUAUAGAGGCUAAUGUUUUGUGUUUGGAAAGUGAGAUUUCUGAAAAUAUUUUUGAAAAAGGAGGUGAUCCAUUGGAAAAGCAAGACCAGAUAUCUGGACUUUCACAAUCAGAGGUAAAGACAGAUGUAUGUACAGUUCAUCUUCCAAAUGAUUUUCCUACAUGUUUAACAUCUGAAAGCAAAGUGUACCAACCUGUAUCUUGUCCCCUAAGUGAGUUAUCUGAGAAUGUAGAGUCAGUGGUUAAUGAAGAAAAAAUGACAGAGAGUUCCAUAGUAGAAAUUACUGAACAUAAAGAUUCUACACUAAAAACAGAGGAGCUUACAGAGAGCCCCAAGUUAGAAUCUUCUGAGGGUGAAAUUAUACCAACAGUGGACAGACAAUCUGUUAAGAGCCCAGAGGUUCAAUUGCUUGGGCAUGUUGAAACUGAAGAUGUAGAAAUAAUUGCAACAUGUGAUACUUUUGGGAAUGAAGAUUUCAAUAAUAUUCAAGGCUCUGAAAAUAACUUAUUAAAAAAUAACCUUCUGAACACCAAAUUGGAAAAAUCUUUAGAAGAAAAGAAUGAAUCGCUGACCGAACAUCCUAGAUGUACAGAGUUGCCUAAAACACACACUGAACAGAUUCAGAAGCAUUUUAGUGAGGACAACAAUGAAAUGAUACCUAUGGAGUGUGAUUCAUUUUGCAGUGACCAAAAUGAAUCUGAAGUUGAACCAUCUGUAAAUGCUGAUCUUAAACAAAUGAAUGAAAAUUCUGUGACACACCGUUCCGAAAAUAAUAUGUCGUCUUCUGAUCUUGCAGAUGAAAAGGUUGAAACUGUUUCUCAACCAUCUGAAAGCCCAAAAGAUACCAUAGAUAAAGCCAAAAAGCCUCGUACUCGAAGAUCUAGAUUUCAUUCUCCAUCUACAACUUGGUCGCCCAACAAAGACACUCCACAAGAAAAGAAGCGGCCCCAGUCUCCAUCUCCCACAAGAGAAACUGGGAAAGAAAGCAGGAAGUCUCAAUCACCAUCUCCUAAGAAUGAGUCAGCCAGAGGCCGGAAAAAAUCCCGUUCUCAGUCCCCAAAAAAGGAUAUUGCAAGAGAAAGGAGGCAAUCUCAGUCUCGGUCUCCAAAAAGGGAUACUACUAGGGAAAGCAGAAGAUCUGAAUCACUGUCCCCAAGAAGAGAAACUUCUAGAGAGAACAAAAGAUCUCAGCCAAGAGUGAAAGAUUCCUCCCCAGGAGAAAAAUCCAGGUCCCAGAGCAGAGAACGAGAAAGUGAUAGAGAUGGGCAGAGGAGAGAGAGAGAAAGGAGAACCAGAAAGUGGUCUAGGUCCAGAUCUCAUUCUAGGUCCCCGUCAAGAUGUAGAACAAAAAGUAAGACUUCAUCGUUUGGUAGAAUUGACAGAGAUAGUUACUGUCCCCGGUGGAAGGGAAGAUGGGCAAAUGAUGGUUGGAGAUGUCCACGAGGAAAUGAUCGGUACAGAAAGAAUGACCCAGAGAAACAGAAUGAAAAUACCAAAAAAGAAAAAAAUGACAUCCAUCUAGAUGCUGAUGAUCCAAAUUCUGCUGACAAACAUAGAAAUGACUGUCCCAAUUGGAUAACAGAAAAAAUAAACUCUGGCCCUGAUCCAAGAACCAGAAAUCCAGAAAAGUUGAAAGAGUCUCAUUGGGAAGAAAAUAGAAAUGAAAAUUCAGGAAAUUCUUGGAAUAAAAACUUUGGUUCUGGUUGGGUAUUUAACCGUGGUAGAGGCAGAGGCAACCGUGGCAGAGGCACUUACAGAAGUAGUUUUGCCUAUAAAGAUCAGAAUGAAAAUCGGUGGCAAAAUCGAAAACCCCUCUCAGGGAAUUCAAACAGUUCAGGGAGUGAAUCUUUCAAGUUUGUGGAACAGCAAUCCUGUAAGCGGAAAAGUGAACAGGAGUUCUCAUUUGAUACACCAGCAGAUAGAUCUGGAUGGACAUCUGCAUCCAGCUGGGCCGUGAGAAAGACUUUGCCAGCAGAUGUACAAAACUACUACUCACGACGAGGCAGAAAUUCUUCAGGUCCACAGUCUGGAUGGAUGAAACAAGAGGAGGAAACAUCUGGACAGGAUUCUAGCCUAAAAGACCAAACAAACCAGCAAGUUGAUGGUUCUCAGCUACCUAUAAAUAUGAUGCAACCACAAAUGAAUGUAAUGCAGCAACAAAUGAAUGCACAACACCAGCCUAUGAAUAUCUUCCCCUAUCCAGUGGGUGUUCAUGCUCCUUUGAUGAACAUCCAACGCAAUCCAUUUAACAUUCAUCCUCAGCUACCCUUGCAUCUCCACACAGGAGUACCCCUCAUGCAGGUAGCCGCUCCUACCAGUGUAUCUCAGGGACUACCACCACCACCACCCCCUCCCCCACCAUCCCAACAAGUCAACUACAUUGCUUCACAACCAGAUGGAAAGCAAUUGCAGGGUAUUCCUAGUUCUUCUCAUGUAAGUAAUAACAUGAGUACACCAGUUUUGCCUGCUCCGACAGCAGCCCCAGGAAAUACAGGAACGGCUGAGGGACCAAGUUCUGGUAAUACUUCGUCAUCAAGUCACAGCAAAGCCUCUAAUGCUGCUGUAAAAUUGGCAGAAAGCAAAGUAAGUGUUGCAGUGGAAGCCAGCGCAGAUAGCUCGAAGACAGACAAGAAAUUGCAAAUUCAAGAAAAAGCAGCACAAGAGGUAAAAUUGGCCAUCAAGCCAUUUUACCAAAAUAAAGAUAUCACCAAGGAAGAAUAUAAAGAAAUUGUACGGAAAGCAGUAGAUAAAGUUUGUCAUAGUAAGAGUGGAGAAGUAAAUUCUACUAAAGUGGCAAAUCUGGUUAAAGCCUAUGUAGACAAAUACAAAUAUUCACGGAAGGGGAGCCAAAAGAAAACUCUGGAAGAACCUGUGUCUACUGAAAAAAACAUAGGCUGAAAUGGGGAACGCUGUCAAGGACAUUAUCAGGAUAUCUGCAAAGUGCAAUUUCAACAUGUACUAUUAACUGAAAAUCAUACAUAACUGUGAUUGAAAUUUGGUUUUGAUAAAAUUAUUUUUUUAACACAGGAUAUGAUGUUUUGUUCUAAAUAAAUAUAGGUCUGCACUGCAACUUCUGUAUCCUUCCUUCCCCUCCACCCUCCCCCACAAAAUUCAAGGGAAAGUAAAGGGUUUAAAGGAAUGUGCAUCUUUACUAGGACUGUGUUACAGUGUGGAUACUGGAAAAUGUAUAGCUUUUUGAUUAGGGCAAUGGAGUGCAUAAAUUAGAAACUUCUAAGUGCACUGGUUUUCAAAGAGAUAUAUAUAAUGCAUUUAUUCUGUCAGGUUAAAAUAUAAAGUAUGAUCUUUAUGAUUUUUUCCCUCUAAUUAUAGAAAGUUAAAUAAUGUAUUACCAUGAAAAAUAUUCCUAAUAUUAAAUAGAACGUAUCAGUUGCAAAGUUCCUAAUGUGUAUUUUUAAAGCACAUAUCUGAAUACAUUGCCUAGAUAGAAAAAAAAUUAUCACAAGUAAAAUUUAGUGUUCAAAACAUUGAGACACUCUUCACCUAUUGUAUGACCAAAUAAAGGUUAUGCUGCUUGUUUUUCUUUUGUGCCUUUUUUUACCCCUAAUUGAGAUAAGCAGUUUGACUUACUAGAUUACAACUUUGGCAGUUCAAAGUCUUUGUUGAAGACUUUGAGGAAAAAGAUUUGGAAAAAUUGUUGACUUUCGGCCGGGCAUGAUGGCUCACGCCUGUAAUCCCAGCACUUUGGGAGGCCGAGGUGGGCGGAUCACCUGAGGUCAGGAGUUCGAGACCAGCCUGGCCAACAUGGUGAAAUCCCGUCUCUACUAAAAAUACAAAAAUUAGCCAGGCGUGGUGGUGAGUGCCUGUAAUCCCAGCUAUGUGGGAGGCUGAGGCAGGAGAAUAAGUUGAACCCAGGAGGCGGGUGUUGCAGUGAGCCGAGACCAUGCCAUUGCACUCCAGCCUGGGCAACAGGAGCAAAUCUCUGUCUCAAAAAAAAAAAAAAAAAAGUGUUGACUUUGUAGAAAUUAUGUUCUUUCAUAGUAUCUUCUUCUACCCGUUGCAGACGAUAAAUUAUUUGUGCCAAUUCGAGAAUUGCUGUUAGGCUGUUAUCCUCCCUUCCUUGGGGCUAAGAAUUACAAGACUCAUGGCACUGGCGUAAAGUUGUUUAUCUAAUCACUGAUUAAAUUAUUUUUACACUUGAAAAUCCCCAAAUGCUUUACAAUGAAUGAAGUGUUAAUUUGGUGAUCAGGUGGUAGCCAUUAGCCAUGUUGCAAAAUUCUAGACAAUAAAACCUGUGUUUUACAAACGGAGGGGAAAUUUAAAUAAUGGAGUUUUGGUUAGCCUUUCAGGGACUAGGGAUUUGGGGUUUUUUUUUUUUUUCUCUUUUUAGUACUAGAAUAUCUCAGUUUUUAUAAAAGGUAAGUUUAAAAUGUUUUAUCGUGCCAUUAUUUUAACUGGCAUCUUGAAAGAACAGUGGGUUUUCUCCAUGAUAAACUGAUUCCAGUAAGAAUUUUCAGUACAUACCAAGUAUCUGGAAAGUUCUUCAGAUAAGUUAACAGAUCCAAGGAGAUACAUGCCUCAGUGAGAUAAACUGACCUUUUUACUAGCUAAACUGUUUAGCCAGAGCAAUACUCUGUAGAACUGUGCUUUUCUAAAGUAAAGAGUAUCUGUUUCUCAAUUUUAUGUGCAUAAUACUUUUCCUGGUGCUAGCUUUGAUAGGCAAAAUAUUUUGAAAUGUUGGCCCCAUAAUGAUUGUGCUAGUUCAUAAGCUUUAAGUUAUGAGUGUAAUCAUAAAAAUAUUUCCAAGCAGUUUUUGACCUUUAUUCUACAUUUCUGGGCAUUUGUAAUAUGGUAUUCUACUGGUAUAUAUUUUUAAAGUUUGUGUUUAGAUUAUGAUAAAGAAAUUUCAAGCAUAUUUCUUCUAAUAAAGUAUUAAGACAGUGUUUCAGAAUAUCAAGGCACACCUCCUUAGUUGUUUUAGGUUAGAACUCUAGAAACAAUUUUGUGAACGUUCAAAGUAUUUUGAGUUAAGCCUAAGCUGAUUAAUCACACAAUACAUACUUUUCCUGCAUUUUCUUUCAGUGACAUUUGAGAAUUGGGUGACAUUUUAAAAUGUGUUUUAUACCAUUUAGCUUUUGCAAACAAGUUCUAAAGUUUUGGAGAAAAAGUGGUGUGGUCAAGAGUUGAAGUCUCAUAUAUCUUUAGUAGCACUCCCAUGAAUUAUUUCUGUGACAGUAACAAGUGUGUGUUCCACAUCUGAUUGGGGCACUGGUUAGACUGCAUUAAUAGCUACUUGAUUAGAAUUCAAACUUUUAAAAUUUUGAAAUGUUUAAGAAUGUAUUAGAAAAUGCAUGCUUUAUGUUGAAAAAAUACAUUGCUUUAACAUUCCUCAUUCUUGAGUUCUUUAAGAAAUUUAUGUUAAUUUUGCAUGGGCACAAACUUAAUCAGAAACAUUUUGUGGAGUUACACUUCCUCUUAUUAUUUAUCAAGGUUCAGUAUUGAUCUUUGAAACCUUGGUCCCUUUAACUUACUAGUCACAUUGACCAAUGUUUUAUAGAAAUGCCUAGAAUUUUGAGACUAAUAGUAGUUAUCCAUUAACAUUCCGAAAGUUUUGUGCUUUUUAAAAUUUGUUUUGGUAAUUAUCACAUUUUUUUCUCUUACCUUCGUUUAAAUGGCCACAGUGUGUACUGCUUGAAUGUUCCAUCCAAAAGAUGUAGCUUCAGAAGCACAGUGAUUGCCCCAGGGUCCAUGAGAUAUUGUUUGUAUUAUGAAGUUGGAGUGCUGUCUACUGAAAUUAUACUCUUAAAUAAAUAUGUAUGUAGUGUGUAAUAUUUUCUAAUAAAUUCUUUUGAUAAACUUA